AUGGCCCAGUCUCUGCAGCAGCACUUUCGGAAAGUCCGCCCCGUCGUGGCGAUUUUUGGUUUCCUAUAUGUUGAUACCGUAAAGACGCUCCAAAAGGUCUAUGACUUCGAAACAACACUGUACAGCCAUGCGUCGAGGGAAGACCUGGAUGCGCUCGAAGAGGAUCUUUCUUCCGGAAGAAAGAUCCAUGCACUCAUUUGCGAAUUUCCAGGGAAUCCGCUUUUGCAAUCACCAGACUUGAAACGCCUGCAUCAACUGGCCAAACAGCACAAAUUUUUGUUGGUGGUAGAUGACACUGUGGGGACCUUUGUCAACCUCGCUAUCCUGCCACAUUGCGACAUGAUCAGCACUAGCCUCACAAAGAUGUUUAGUGGCGGAUGUAAUGUUAUGGGUGGCUCCCUCGUCUUGAAUCCGCACUCCCAAUUCUACCAAUCGAUGCAUGCCGAACUCACCGCCAAUUUUAUCGAUACAUACUUUCCCCCCGAUGCGUCCGUCAUGGAAGCUAAUAGUCGCGAUUUCGCUGUUCGAGUCCGACAAGCUUCUGGGAAUGCGGAAGUCCUUUGCGAGGUGCUUCGGCGGCACCCAGUAGUUACACAUGUCUACUAUCCCAAAGGCAGUUCUACUCAGUCUUUGUAUGAUGCGUGUAGACGGACAGAUGGAAUGUAUGGCUACCUCUUUUCCGUCACGUUCGCUACCCCGGCCAUGGCAGUAGCAUUUUAUGAUGCACUUGAUGUCGCAAAGGGCCCAAGUUUGGGGACGAACUUCUCACUUGCAUGCGCGUACACUUUGCUUGCUCACUACAACGAGCUGGAGUGGGCUGCACAGCAUGGGUUGGAGGAGUAUUUGGUAAGGAUAAGUGUAGGCUUGGAGGACUUGGAUACUCUUUUGGAUAAGAUAACGAUGGCAUUGGAUGCUGCACAGAUAGCAGAGUAG